UCAGAGCCUGGUCCAAUAGCACCAAACUAUGUGUGCAUAAUAAUUGCAUCCCGCAACAACGUGCUUACAAACUCUCGACCCGAGCAACUGUUUCCAUCAUCCAACCUUCGGCCUUCCAGUAUUCUUAAGACUCUCCCUGCCGCAGGCUCGACACUAUCAAUCUGCCACACACAUAUCACAGACUCAUACAAUCACUAGUACUAGCCUCUGACUAUCCUUGCUCGUCCCAGUCUUUUCCCGUCCUAUCUACACCUCACACUUUGUCAUCAUGUCUCGCUACGCACAAGCCCACGCCAAAUCAAACGGUGCCGGCGACGCUCGCCCCACUGCCCUCCAAAUCGUCAAAGACGAGGGCCUCGAGGGUGCCUUGAGUGACAAGGCCUUCCUCGUAACUGGUGCCUCAUCGGGCAUUGGCAUUGAGACUGGCCGCGCUCUCGCCGCCACAGGCGCUCAUGUGUUCCUAGCCGUCCGCGACGUCAAGAAGGGCGGGGAGGCAUGCAAGUCAUUCCUUGAGCCCGGUCGCGUUGAGCUGAUUGAGCUUGAUGUGGCUAGCCACAAAUCUGUCCGCGCUUGUGCUGCCGCUUUUCUAGAGAAGUCGAAAAAGCUCAACGUCCUCGUCUGCAACGCUGGUGUCAUGGCCAUUCCGACACGUGAGGUGAGCGAGGAUGGAUUCGAGAUGCAGCUCGCCGUGAACUACCUCGGUCACUUCCUACUGUUCUGGCUGCUCAAGGACGCCUUGAUCAAGUCGUCGAGGCCCGAGUUUCAAUCCAGACUCGUGAACGUUUCUAGCUCGGGACAUCAAUCAUCCGAGAUCGUCUGGGACGACUUCAACUUGGAGAAGUCUUACGACCCCUCCGUUUCAUACGGCCAGUCCAAGCUCGCCCAGAUCUACCAGGCCAACUACGUCGAUCGGAAUUUCGGCGCCAAGGGCCUCCACGCUCUUAGCCUGAUGCCGGGUGGUAUCAUCGACACCGGUUUGGCCAAGCACACGCCACCGGAGAUGAUCGAGGCUUUCAAGCAGCACCCAGUCUUGUCCAAGUGGGUGAAGAGCCGAGAGCAGGGCGCUGCGACCACCGUCCUUGCUGCCAUAGGCAAGGAGUGGGAGGGCAAGGGCGGGGAAUACUUAGAGGAUUGUGCGGUAGCGAACAAAGAUGAAGCGACCUUCAUGCCCACUCUCUCGGGUUGCAAGGACUACGCGCACGAUGAGGCUAAAGAGACGAAGCUUUGGGAGCUAACCCAGAAGACGCUACAGCUUUCUUAGUCGCUCUUCUAUGUAGUAUCUUCCUACUUAUACAUGAGAACAGGAGCUUUUCUGAGAAUGAUUGCAAAUACAUUUGUUCGAUACCUAC